UACGCUGCUCGCUAUAGGAGGAGCUGGAUACCUUGCAUACGAGAACUGUCAGCCGUUCCGACAUACGGCUCUCGCGGUGGCCAGAUGCUCGCGUGUUGCUGAGGCAGCGAUAUCGAGCGUGACGGAUUACAAGCUGACAUUUGCGAGGAACUAUCCAUCCGAAGAGGCCAGUCAGGAAGCGACGUCCCAAUGCCAUACGCGUAGUGCGCGUAGAGUGCUCAAAGCCUUGCUAGCUAAUGGAGGUAUCUUUAUAAAACUAGGACAACAUAUGGCAUCACUGUAUGCAGGAUAGUAUUACCCAAGGAGUGGCGAGAUACCAUGCGUCCUCUGCAAGAUCAAUGCGAGCCAACGCCGUUUGAAGACAUUCAGCAGCUGUUCCUAUCGGAUAUCGGGAGGCCUUUGGACGAAAUAUUCCUCGAGUUCAACCCGGAGCCCGUCGGCGUAGCGAGUCUCGCGCAAGUACAUAUGGCGCGUUUAAGGGAUACUGGACAAGAGGUUGCCGUGAAGCUGCAGCAUCCCCAUCUGGAUGAGUUCUGCAAUAUCGACAUGGAGAUGGUAGAGGUUUCUCUUGGAUGGAUCAAGAGGCUCUUUCCCGAGUUCGAGUUCACAUGGCUUGCAGGAGAGAUGCGAGAAAAUCUCCCCAAGGAAAUGGACUUCCAACACGAAGCGCACAACGCUCACCGAGCAGAAGAAAACUUCAAAAACGUCCGCACCUCGCUCUACAUUCCCCGGGUGAUCGACGCGAGGAAGCGAGUCUUAAUCAUGGAGUUCAUCCGUGGUGGGCGCGUUGACGACCUCGAGUAUCUCGCGAAAUACAAUAUUGACCGCAACAGGGUCUCACUAGAACUCGCGCGGAUAUUUGGUCAGAUGGUCCACAUUCAUGGCUGGUUUCACGCAGACCCACAUCCAGGCAAUCUGCUCAUCCGACCCGCCGCUUCCGGCUCUGCAUCUCCCUACAAUUUUGACAUCGUUCUUCUGGACCAUGGCCUCUACUUCGACCUUGAUGACGACCUUCGGAUAAACUACAGCAAGUUCUGGUUAUCUCUGAUUGCACCUGCGUCUGCGAAAACAGCCGCUGACAGGCGGAAGUACGCGAAACUCGUGGGCAAUAUUGGUGAUGACUUAUACCCGGUAUUCGAGGCCGCUAUUACGGGCCGAGCUACGCUAGAAACGGAUCCAGAGAACGAUGAAACUGAUCCAGAGGCUGGAUUUAAACGAGGCAAUAGCAUGAUUGACCUGAAUAAACAAACAGAGGAGGAAAUUGAAGUCAUCCGGAAUGCUGUUGUACAACGCGAGGGUUUGCUUCUGGACGUGUUUGACGUGUUACGGCGGGUACCAAGACGUGUCCUAAUGGUACUCAAGCUCAAUGACUUGACAAGAAGUUUGGACCAUGCGUUGGCUACGACCCACUCAAGCAUACGAGUUUUCCUUGUCACUGCAAAGUACUGCACACGGGCGGUCUGGGAAGAUGAACGGAAGCGAUUGGCUCGCAGUUUCUACGAUACUGGUUUUUUAACCUUCGUCGCCGACUACCUCAAAAGCUGGUGGAACUUCGAGAGAUCUUAUCGGCCCAUCAUUCUAGUGGAAACUUGGAUGGACUUCCAGGCUGAGAUGGUCAAGCUGAAGGCCUGGAUGCGGGGGUUGAUGUUUAUCGGCGGAUUUUCUGGCGCACACAAGGCUGCCGCUGGCUUGGCAUAGAGGUAUUACUAUGCAUAGAUAUAUUCAAGAAACUUCGGCCGCGUCAGUGAGGCCAUGGCCUUUAUCUCUUUAAUUUUCUCAUCAUCCAGUCAAUGUCGUCCAUCUGUGACUUCAUGGUCUCCCACUGUUCUGGUGACAAAGUUAUACCCUUCUUGCCAGGCUUCUCAUCUCCUUCCUGACCGUAAAAUUCUCGAAUGUCGAUGAAGGUUGAACCCUUGAAACUGCGCACAGUCGCUCGUUUCUUCUUCCCCAAGUCAACGUAGCGGUCUCCCUCGUAAUUCGUCUUGAUUCCGCCUGGCACGGGCUCCUCUGUUUUAUUAUUCUUUUGCGCAGCGUCUCAAAUGUGCAACGAGGACCAACACGUUGUACCUACUGGUUUCUCUACUUUCUGCCUCUUCAUUGGACGCUCCUCCUCGCUGUCGUCGUCGUCAUACCGCGGCUUCUUCGCUGUAGCUUUGCCCUUGCUAGUGGGCUUCUUCUUGGGCUUUUCUUCCUCCCAUUCGCUGGGAGUCUCCGCAACCUCGUCUUCAUCGCUAUCGACGACGCCUUUGCGCUUAGCCAUGACGGUAGACUAUG